UUCUUGCUAUCCAAGCUGCUCAGGUGAAUUAUUCCAUAUAUCCAAGCUUAAAACGUGACAAGGAUGAUUGGUGGGCUGUGUUCAAAAUCAAAGCAAGAUCUGUUAUUGAUCUUCCUGAGCAAGUGAAUGUGACAACCCCCCCUGCACGGGAAGAACCAUUUCAAGAAGAUGAAAUUGAAGUCCCUUUGAUUCAAAUUGACGAUGAUGAUGAUCAACAACAAUAUUUGAAUGAUCAAAACGAUGUACUAGUUGAAAUUAAUGAAGAGGAUGUUGAAGAUGAAGAAGAGCUUGAAUUGGACUCAGAAAGUGAUGAGGAAUGCUAUGAUGUAUAUGAUAGUGAUACUAAUUAGAAUUAGGAUGCGAGGCAACGGUCGCAGGGGAGGUUUGUUGGGUCAUUCACAGUCAAGGCAGUCACCUGUGCAGGAUGAGCCUAAUGAUCAACUAGACCAAUCUACACAGGGUCAGCCUCAGGUUCCUUCACGAUCCACUGGGAGGUCGACACCAGAUCUGGAGGGGUCUACUGCUUCAACACAGCAUCGAGCUACACCUCCACCUCCACCGCCACCACCUAUUACCCCAUCUUCUGAGCCUGCAAUUGGAUCAACCUCUGGUCAUGAAGGUCAUUCAGUUGGGGUAGCACCAAUAUCAUCGAUGGAUGGCCUAUCACUCACUACAUAUGGAAGAAAGAAACGAAUAAAGCUCAUUAAUGGCAUGUAAGUA